AUUUUAACACAUGUUGAUCUGGGCGCGAGCAAAUUUCCGAAUUUUCCAUAAAAUGUAACAAGACUUGUCCGCAAUGGAUAAAACAUUAAAACCUGGCCAGAGUGAAAAGGCCUAUUGGUUACAACAAAGCUUUAAUGGUGAUGAAUUAGUUGAAGAAAAUGUCUUAGAGCCUCAACCAGUAAACCAGUUAGUCAUAAAUGAUGACAUGACCGAUAUUUUUGAACAGAAUUUUGAAUCAGUAGAAGAUAAUGAAGCUGCUAAUAAUAUGGUGCAGUUUCUACAAAAGCUUGCCCAGUCUUCCCUUGAGGAUAACAUUAAUGAAUUUAUUGAGAUGGAUUUGGAUGACAUAAAUGAAGAUAUGGUUGAUAAUAUUGAUCAUGGUAAAAAAGAAGACAAGUUGGUAAUUGAGAUGAAUUUGGAUGACAUAAAUGAAGAUAUGCCUGAUAAUAUUGAUCAUAGUAAAAAAGAAGACAAGUUGGUUAUUGAGAUGGAUGUGGAUGACAUAAAUGAAGAUAUGGUUGAUAAUACCAAUCACAAUGAAAAAGUAGACAAGUUGGUUGAUAAACCUAUUGAACACUUAACUUAUGACUUGAGUGAGCAUCAGAGUGUAUUUAUUACAGAAGAACAAAAGGCAGCUGAAAAUAAACAAUAUAUUGAUGAAUAUUUAGAUUUUGUUGAUUUGAAAACUGAACAGAAAAUGAAUGCAAAAUUUAAGACAAAACCAACCAUUGAAAUGUUACUUUAUUUGUAUUCCACUUCGUCCACCAAUACAGAAAACAAAGCUACAGAAAGUGACCAUUCACUAAAUAGUGAGAAAAAUGACGACCUGCCAGAAGGCUAUUCUUAUACAAAUUUGUUUAAGGAAAUUGGGACAAGGUUUAUUUGUGGCAUUUGUUCAAAAUCCUAUUCUAACAAAACAAAAUUGAAAGUACACUUUUACUCUCAUGUCCUGGACAAACAUUUGUAUUGCUCCAUAUGUUGUAAACGAUUUAUCAGUCUAAGAUCUUUGCAGACUCAUGUUGAUUUAGAACACGGGUAUUACCGGUGUGAUACUUGCUCCAAAAAAUUUUCAUCAAAAAAUAGGCUGAUUACUCAUAUUAAGAAUCAUUUCCAUGAGGCAAACGUUGAUUGUAAUCAGUGCAAGGAAAAAUUCCAUGAUAAGUGGGACUUGAGGGACCAUCUACAAAAAGUACACAAUGGCUGUUUUGAGUAUGUAAAAAAAUCAAAGAAGACAAAAGGAUUACCUAAGCGUAUAACGAAUGAAAGUAAUACACAGGACUUGCCUCAUGUUACUGUUUCUAAAAGUCAUUCACUGAACCUAUCUGAAAAAAAUGCGGAGAAGUGUCAUUCAAAGGACAUUCCUGAGCUUACUGUAAAUGAAAGUCCUGAGAAAGAGUUGGCUGACUUCCAAGAUUCUACUACCAAUGAAAUUCCUUCAAAAGAUUUGCUUGAACUUGCUGUCAACAAAGAUUCUUCAGAAUACUUGCCUGAGCUUACUGAGAGUCAUUUGAUGGACUUGCCUGCAACAACUGCUGAUGAAAAUUGUGCAAAUCAAACAACUAAUGGUGUAAUGAAUGAAGAUCAAGAGAUACAAAUUAAAAGGAGAGACUCGCAUAAAUGCACAGUUUGUAACAAAGAAUUUAAAAAUGCAUGUCACCUUAAGAGACAUAUGUUUGUUCACAGUGACUAUUGUCUGUUUACCUGUUCAUUAUGCAAACGUGGAUUUAAGCGCAGUGAUGUAUUUCAAAACCAUUUGAUAACUGUUCAUAAUGGGAAAAAAUCUUUCCAGUGUGAUGUGUGUAAGAAAUUGUUUGCCAAGAAACAAUAUUUAGAAAAACAUAAACUUAGACAUUCCUCAGUGAAAAAUUUCUCGUGUAGUAUUUGUGUGAAAAGAUACAGAAGUCAGGGUGAUCUUUCAAAGCAUAUCAAAAAAGUCCAUGUGCCAAAACUGCAUGAGGAUCCAAACUUUGUUAACUGUGAUAAAUUGAAGACAACAUAUGCACAAUUUGCUGCCGAAAAUAAAAGUGACGCUGUUGAAAUAUUCAGAGAGUCUUUAAGUAAUCCAAUAAAUAAAUCAAAAGGUAUGUUUGAAAAUGGUAGAUCCGUAGAUGAAAUAGCCAUUAGAAACUCUGAGGAAAGUAAUAGCAUUCAGGACCAGGACGAUGAAAAGAGUUUUGCAACAAACAAGAUUUCGAAGGAACUUGGAACAAAUGGAUUAUCUGGCAGUAGUUGUUUAUGCUUUACAUGCGGGAAUACUUACAAAACAGAAAGAGGGCUUAAACAUCAUAUAAGUAGCAAACAUUCAGGGAAAAGUAAAACAAAGAAAGUAAGCGUUGACCCCGAGACAGCAAUCUUUGCAUUGUUUCAAGAAACCUUUACAAAAAGGAAAACAGCUGCGAAAGGUGGUAAUAGUAAAAAUAGUGUUUCAUCAGACACAGUUGUUUUGGCAAAUACAAAAAGUAAAAUACACGAUACAAUCGUGGACAGUGAUAAUGAUUUGAGGUCAAAAGACUCUGGAAAUGUGGAUAUAAAUAGAAAGGUGUAUGAAGCUGGUAUUGAUGACUUUGACAAAAAUGAGAAUCAAAGAGUGAAUAAAGAAGAUAUUACAUGUAUAACUAAAACAACCAAUGUAGAGACUGUAAUUGCUAGUGAGGAUGAUUUAAAACGCGUUAAGAAUGUAGAUGAAAUAUUAGAACAAAGUAACACGGUGCAUGUAGUUAACUCACAACAAAGACAAGAAAUAGCAUCAGCAAACAACAGUAAUGUAUGUAGAAUAUGUGGUAGGAUGUUUAGUUGCCCGAGUUUUUUGAAGACACACAUGAUUUUACAUUGUGAAAAAAUGCCACAUGUAUGUACAGUGUGUGAAAAAGGCUUUCCGCGUUUAGAAUCCCUAAAGAUUCACAUGAUAAAUGCUCAUACGGGAAUUAAAUUAUUUGAAUGUGAUAUAUGUAAGAAAUCUUUUGCAAGGAAGUUUUUGUUGAAUAGUCAUAAAGUCAGACACACAAACAUACGAAAUUUUCAAUGUAAUAUUUGUUUGAAAAAAUCUAAAACAAAACAUGAUCUACAAAAGCAUAUGAGGAGACAUAAUCAUUCACAGAUCCAAACACCUGGACGUAAAUCAGAUCUUACAGGUUAUGAGGAUCUAGGUGUUGGCAACAGUGGUAAUAAUGCAAAUGAAGGUGAAUCUCGUAACGGUGACAAUUAUGUAAAUGAACGUUCUGUGACCAUUGAUGAUAAAGAGAAUUUAACAGACACAGAUGUGAACAUUUUGAGCGUGACUGAAUCGAAUGGCAAUAGAAGAAGAAGAAUUUACCCAAAGAUCAGGACAAAACAAGGGCAGAAGGAUUUAAAUACCAGUCUUACUUGUGAAAUUUGUCAGAUAACUUUUUCAAAGUUGUAUCAUAGAAGAAGACAUUCGAUCCUGCAUAAUGACAUUUUUCCCUAUACUUGUUCAGUAUGUGACAAGGGCUGCUCGAGAAAUGAUCAGUUGAAAUUACAUAUGAUAAAUGCCCAUAGUGGAGAAAAAACAUUUGAGUGUGAAGUAUGCAAUAAGGCAUUUGCUACAAAAAAUGACUUGAAAAAUCAUAAAGCAAGGCAUGUAAAUGUUAGAAAUUUUCAAUGUGAUUUAUGUACGAAAACUUUUAAAACAAAACAUGAUCGUGAUAAACAUGCUAAAAGAAGUCAUGCUAAGGUAUCUAAAUCUCAGGAUAAAUCAGAUUUAACCCCUGCUAUGAGGAAUGAUGAAGAUUCGCUGGAAGUCGGAUUAAGUGGAUUGGAAGCUUGUGAAAAGAUUGCUAACAAAGCACAAGGACAUAAUGAAGGGAAAAUAAAUAAGGCAGAUGAUGAUACAAUAGGUGUGUCAUUUGAUAGUGACAGCAAUUUGAAUAGAGCAACUGAUUUAGAUUCUGAUGAAAGAACUGCACACAUGCUAACUGAUGUGAUGGAUAAUUGUGUCAAAAGUUCAGAACUUUUAAAAAGUAAAAAAAGUCAAGAUAGGACUGGUAUUAAUGGGGUAAGUGAUAAAGAAAAUGCUACAGCUGUAGAUAAUGUUGAUUGCGUUCAAACAAUAGAAAUACAUGACGUAGCAUCACAGUUAAAGGAUAAGCAAUGUCAAAGGGUUACUAAAAAUAGUUGUAAAAUAUGUCACAAAACUUUCACUUCUGACGGUAAUUUUAAGAGACAUAUGUACUCACAUAGUGACAAGUUACCCUAUGCUUGUUCAGUUUGUAAGAAAGGCUUCCCUCGAAAAGAUUAUUUAAAUAUACAUGUGAUAAAUGUCCAUACAGGCAAGAAAUUAUUUGAGUGUGAUGUAUGCAAAAGAACAUUUGCAACGAAUCAUUAUAUGAAAAAACAUAGAAUAAGUCAUACAAAAUUUAGACAGUUUAAGUGUGGCACUUGUGAGAAAACGUACAAAAACAGAAGCGAUGUUAGAAAACACAUAAAAGCGAAGCAUUUGUUGUCAAAAUCAUCAUUUUCGAAAUCUGAUACAUUAAAAACGAAUGAUAUUCACUUUGAAGAUGAUACUGGUGAAAAUGAUAAUGAUGUUGUAGAUAAUGGUUUAGAAAACCAGAUAGAGGAAUUAGACGAAGAAAGGGAUCGGAAUUUGAAUAAAGAAAAGAACUCUGACCAGGAAGACAGAAAUGCAAAUAAUGACUUGGCUAAAACAAGUAAUGGUAUAGACUAUAGGAGUUCCAAAUAUACUGAGGAAGAUAUGGAUCAAGAGAAGGCCUUUGAAAUUAAAACUAAUUGUAAUAAUAUUACAGUUGAAUUAAAGCAAAAAGAAAAAGCACCUAAUGUUCUUGGCAAGCAGUUUAGUUGCGAAAUAUGCAAGAAAGAAUUUGCUUCUCGGAAAGGUGAAAAGAGGCACCAACUUCUACACAGUAACACGUUGCCAUUCACGUGUUCGUCUUGUGGGAAAGGGUUCCCAAGAAAGGAAGCUUUACACUUGCAUACAGUAUCUGCACAUGGGGGAAAGAAAGAUUUUCAGUGUGAGAUAUGCAAGAAAUCAUUUGCAACCAAAAACUAUCUUAUAAACCAUCGACUGAUUCAUUCAUUGGAAAGGAAGUUCCCAUGCCAAUUCUGCAAGAAAAGUUCUAAAACACAUACUGACCUCAUAAAACAUGUCAAAAGGAUCCAUCUGGAGAAACUAAGCAAAAACUUCACAGUACAAAAACAUACCUGUCAAUUCUGUGGAACAAAUUCUAAAACAAACGGUAUUCUUUUAAGACAUAUUAAAAGAAUGCACCCGAAGGAGUUUAAGAAAUAGUGUUGGCAGUGAUGUUGAUGUUGAUAAUGAAGUUAAAGAAAAAUUGGUAAUUAAUGUUAAAGGGAGACAGUGUUUCCUUUGUAAGCGAACUCUUAAGUUCAUAUAGAUGUAGGGUGAAUAAGACGUUGGCAUGUUGUAUAGUGUUGAAUAUAUGUACUUAGUAACCCAUAUGAAUGUAAUUUUUUUGGUUUGAAUUAUUGUAUAAUAUUCAAUGUUUGAUGUAUAAUAAUUAUUUCGUAGCAGUUAUUUUUAGCAUGAUUUUUUAGCUCACCUGUCGCAAAGUGACAUGGUGAGCUUUUGUGAUCGCCUUUCGUCCGGCCAUCCGCAAACUUUUACUUUAAACGACAUCUCCUCAUAAACAGCUAAGCCAAUUUCAUCCAAACUUCACAGGAAUGUUCCUUUGGUAGUCAACUUUAAAAAUUGUUCAAAGAAUUUAAUUCCAAGCAGAACUCUGGUUGCCAUGGCAACUGAAAGAAAAAACUUAGAAUAUCUAUUUUUAGAAAACCGAAAGAGCUAGAGCUUAAAUAUUUGACAUGAAACAUCUUCUAGUGGGUGUCUAUCAAGUUUGUUCAAAUAAAUGCCCUAGGGUCAAAAUUGGCCUUGGGGUCAUUGAUUUUCCUUUUUAGUAUAUUGUAAAAACUUAAAAAUCUUCUUUUAAAGAACCCAAAUAGCUAGAGAUUAGAUAUUAAGCAUGAAACAUCAUCCAGUGGGUGUCUACCAAGUUUGUUCAAAUAAAAGCCAUGGGGUAAAAAUUUGCCCCGCCCCAGGGGGUCAUUGAUUUUCCUUAUUUGUACAUGUAUAUAGUAAAAACUUACAAAAUCUUCUUUUAAAGAACCCAAAUAGCUAGAGCUUCGAUAUUAAGCAUGAAACAUUUUCUAGUGGGUGUCUACCAAGUUUGUUCAAAUAAAAACCCUGGGGUAAAAAUUGACCCCGCCCCAGGGGGUCAUUUAUUUUCCUUAUUUGUAUAAAAUAAAAACUUAAAAAAUCUUCUUUUAAAAAACAAAAAAAGCUAGAGCUUAGAUUUGAAGCAUGAAACAUCUUCUAGUGGGUGUCUACCAAGUUUGUUCAAAUAAAUGCCCUAGGGUAAAAAUUGGCCCCGCCCCAGGGGGUCAUUGAUUUUCCUUAUUUGUAUAUAGUAAAAACUUACAAAAUCUUCUUUUAAAGAACCCAAAUAGCUAGAGCUUAGAUAUAAAGCAUGAAACAUCUUCUAGUGGGUGUCUACCAGGUUUGUUCAAAUAAAAGCCCUGGGGUAAAAAUUGGCCCAGCCCGAGGGAGUCAUUGAUUUCCCUAUUUUU